GCUCCCGCCAUGCGGCUCUGGGUGCUCCUCAGCCUGCUGCUGCUGCAGGAAACGCUGCCGCACGUUAUUGGACAGCCUGCAAAGAGUAAACGUCCAAAAGAACCUGGAGAAAACAAAAUUAGGCCAGUUAAUAAAAAAGUAAACCCCAAGACCCCCAGGAUGAAGGAGAGAGAAUCUGUUGACUCCUCUUUGAAGUCCCAAUCAGUACUGACACAGGUGAUGGAUAAAGGUCGUUUCCAGAAGCUAUCUGCCACUCUAAGCCUCUCUGCAGGGCAAAGCAUAGAACUGCGAUGUAAGGGGAGUAAUGUUACUUGGAACUAUCCUUCCUACUUGGACACAUUUAAAGACUCCAGACUCAGUAUAAAGCAGCUUGACAGGUACAGUCAGCUGAUCCUCACAAACUCCACUGCAGCAGACACAGGUGAAUACAGCUGCUGGCUUCAGCUGUGCAGUGGUAACUACUGCAGGAAGGAUGAGACUAAAACAAGUUCAACGUACAUCUUUUUCACAGAUAAAGAGGAACUUUUUGUACCUACUCCCAGUUAUUUUGAGAUUGUCUACUUGAACCCAGAUAAACCUGCAGUCAUCCCAUGCCGUGUUACUACUCCUUCAGCAAAAGUAACUCUACACAGGGAAUUUCCAGCAGAAGAAAUUGAAACAGAUGGAACUGAUAUAAUUUAUGAUGUAAAGAAAGGUUUUGUCUACCAGCACCCUACUUCUGAUCAUAAAGGUAUUGUCUACUGUAAAGCAGAAGCAAAGGGAGCACCUCAGAUUUCCAUCAAGUAUCACCUACUGUAUGUGGAAGUUCCCAAGGGCCCACCCUCAGCCACAAUUGCAGCAUCAUCCAGUAGAGCACACGUCAGUGACAGCGUUCACGUAGUCUGCACAGUCCUUGGGGAGCCAGAUGUAGAUGUGAGCUUCAGGUGGCAGUACCCAGGGCAAGAGUCUGAGAGGCCUGCAAUUAUCCAAAGCUUCUGGAGAUUGAUAAAUAGAGGAACUGGACAUACCACAAGAAUCUCAAAGAGCAUUCUUCUUGUUGAGGAUUUUGAAGCCAGAGAUGCUGGCAACUACAUCUGUGUUGCUCAGAACCUACAAGGAGAAACAGCGGUAGCUACUGAAGUUGAACUACAGUGAUAGAGAAGGCUUCUGGACAUAAAUGAACUGUAUAUUAUUUGACAUUAUAGCCAUUUAUUUUCUUGUUUAAAUGAAGUUUUCUCUAGCCCUGUCUCUUUUCAUCUGUCUAUGCAUUCCAUAUUCACUAGUUCGACAGGCCAAACCAGAGUUCCCCUUACCCAGCAGUAGCCACUUUUGAGUUAAACUUUUGCUUCAUAGUAGUUUCAUUACGCUUGAACAUACAUAGCACUUACUAUAUUUAGGAAUAGGUGCGCUUGGGCUUUCAUUUGAAUGUGGUAUUUUUUUUCUCAAACUCUUUUAUAAGGUUAACCCAGUGUACAGUUUGUGCCUGUUUUGUGUAUGUGAGAGGAUACUAAAUAACCUCAAAAAUGCACCCAGCAGGUGUAGCUCUUCUGGUGCUGUGCAAAUUUAAACUUUAGAGUACUGUACAUGUUUAAAAAAACCAAAACAAAAAAAAACCAAAACCAAACAAAAAAAAACAACCCCAACUUGCUACAGCAAACAUUUAUUUUUCAAGAUUAAAUUUCUGAACAUUAUGAAAA